CCAGGCGGUGUGCCUCCCAGCCCGACGCCCCCGCGCCCGCGCGCGGCGCGGCUCGCACCCCCCCCGCCUGGCGCCGCGCGAGCGCGCGCCCCCGCCGCCCCUGGCAGCAGCUCCCGCGGCCCGCCCGAGGACCCGCCAGCCGUGGGCGCUCCCGGCGGCCCGUGCCCGCAGACCCUGGGUCGCGCUGACCCUGCGCAGGCCGGGCCGCCCGCUCCGCCGCGCAGGCGGCUGGCCGAGGCCGGGUCGACCAUGGUGCGGUGCCAGGAGGUGCCGGCCAGCGAGGCGGUCGUCGGCAGCUCGGGCUUCCCGCGCGACAGGAGCGAGCGCAAGCACCGGUUCGUCCUGUCGCACCCGUGGCUGUCCAAGGAGCACCCGGACCCGGGCGGGACGAAACUGCAGAGAUUGGUGCAGCAGGUCGACUUCCUCGACGCGUCCGACGACGACGCGAUCUUCGUCGAUUACAUGGGGCUCCCGCAGUACAACCAGCAGGACGCGGAGUAUCGGCGCCUAGAGCUGGAGGGCAAGGUGCCCAAGCCUGGUGAGCACCCUGCAGACCGCACAGAGGAGGAGGAGACGUUGUUCAAGAAGGCCCUCGGCUCGAUGGAGAUGAUCUACAGCGUGGGCAACACACCUGUGAUUGUCCUGCCCAUGAACGACGAGGUCGCUGCUGGCACAGAGUACUUUUCCCGCGGCUGGUGUUUUUUUGAGUUUCCCUCGCGUUCAGCUUCGGCAACAUAGCGAACGCUGAGAUCCUCUUCCGGCAGACCUUGGGCAAGAAGGUGGAGCAUCGGUGACAUUAGCUCGGAAUGAGGAAG